CGAUGAUUUGGAACAAUAAUCGUCUUGGCGCUGCCUAUUACAACGUUCUCACGUCUGAAUUAUUCAUUUUGGAAGACACGAUGGACAACUUCGAACAUUUCGACGUAACGAGAGCUCUGUACAAGCAAUGUUUGCCGCAUUACGUGCUUGUGAAUGGCUCUGCGCCCAAUGUUUUUAUGAACGCUGUAAAAAAGAUGUUAAUGCCGUCGACGUCGAACGACGGAACGAAUUCUUGCGAUUCACUCGGGACUGUGCGCAACGCCGUCUUGAAAGCGACCUGCAAGAAAGAUUACAACUACGAACGAUGCUGUCACAGGGUGAAGUGUCUUCGACUCGAAUUCGAGCCAAAGAACGCCAACAACGCGGACCGGCUAACUUUUUUGAACAGCAUACUCAAUUUCAAGUGCUGCGUGAUGAUACACGCGCUGGGUUCGCUGUUGCUGUUCGUCGACAAACACUGGAACAACAUCGCGUUGGAUCCAUCCGGGAAACCUUCCUUCGUGUCGCUUAAUUACCUGAACCUCCAAGAUUUAGUGAUGGUGGACGACGAUACGUACAAAGCGCUGAAUAUCGUUCAAGCCAGGGAUCACCCAAGUCUCUUUAAAUUUGGCAAAAUGGUCACAACGAUGAAAGGAGUCAGCCUAUUCUCGCUACUGAAUCGUUACUGUCAUUCCAGGCCGGGAGUACAGUUUCUGUGGAAAACGCUGCAUCAUCCGACGCGAAACAUUGCGUUACUAGAACAACGAUUAAACGCGAUUGAAUUCUUCCUGAAUUCAAAUAACGAGAGCGUGAUUGAAAAUUUAUCGUCCUGCUUAAGACACGUAUAUCGUUUGACCAAUACGGUACUCGCUUGUUGUUCUGGGCCAGAUGCGAAGCCAUCCAAUUGGUAUAAAUUGCACAAGACUAUUUCAAAUGUAAUUUGUAUCGCGGACAUAUGCGAAGACUACGCGGGAAGCAUCGAAUUAUUCAAGCAAAUAGCCGAAAGCAUAACGACCGAAAUGCAAUACAUCAAAUACUUUAUCGAAUAUAUAGUGGAUUUUAAUGAGAGUAGACGGGAAAAGAAGCUUGUAGUUAAAGCGAACGUCGACCCUUUGCUGGACGAACUAAAUCACGUACGACGCACUUUGCCCGAACUGCUAACGCAAAUGGCAGAGAAAGAUAUGCGAGAGCAUCUUCCGUCUUGCGUUGCUGGUUGCAACAUGCUAUACUUGCCAAAUAUUGGCUACGUAUUAGCGAUAAACAAAUGGAAUCCGACUCCACCGACGCAAGACGUAAUUUUUCCGAAUUUAGAAUUUAAAUUCAGCAUCAAUCAAGUGCAUUACUAUAAAAGUUCUUCGGCGAAAGAAUUAGACGAAACUGUAGGCGACAUCAUAUUGAAGAUCGCUGUUCGACAAAACCAUAUUCUACAGAAGUUAAUACGAUACAUGAGAAAGCACACGGGAACAAUCUUACGAACGAUUCAACUCUGCGCCGAAUUGGACACCUUACUGGUAUUUUAUAAAGUGGCGCGAGAUUACAACUACAUCAGACCAAAUAUAACCCAAUCAAAGAUCAUAGACGUGAUCGAAGGACGACACCCACUGAUGGAAUGUGUGACAACGUUCGUCUCGAACGAUAUACAUUCGGGGAAUGGCGGAAGCUUGAUCAAAGUUUUAACGGGGCCAAAUUCUUGCGGCAAAAGCGUAUAUUUGAAACAGAUUGGACUUGUAAUAUUCAUGGCUCACAUAGGUUGCUACGUUCCUGCAAAAACCGCGACGAUAGGAACGGUGUCUCGGAUAUUGACUCAAAUGUCGAACACGGAAAGCAUUGGCCUGAACGCGAGUUCGUUUCUACAGAAUCUUCGGCAGAUAAACGUCGCUCUACGCGCAUCCAUGCCAGAUUCCAUCGUAAUAUCGGAUGAAUUGGACAGGGGAACGUGCGAAAUUAGUGGAUUGUCGCUGGUCGCUGCCGUUCUGAACACGUUCGCUGAAAGAGGCUCGAACUGUCCUCACGUGUUUCUCGCCACGCACGCUUAUAGCGUACUCACGUUACUCCCUCAAACAUCUUUAAUCGAGAUUCAGACAUUCGAAUACGCGUUCGACCAAGACGAAUCAUUGGCGUUUUUCUAUCGAUUGACCAACGGAAGUACAACACGUAGUUUCGCACAUUACGUAGCGAGAAUCGCGGAAUUGGACGAAGAUGUGGUUAAACGAGGACUGGAGAUAUUUCAGAAGAUGAAACAGCAUCAAUUACCGUCCAGUAUUUAUUCUCGUGUCGACAGAAUGCAACGUAUUGCAGAUCGAUUUGAAACGGGCGACAAUGUGGAUUUGGAGGAAUUAAAGACGUUAGUUCGGCAGGCUGUGUUUCCGAAGUAAUUGCGCGUUUCUCAAUACCAAUAAAGAGUCGCUACGAGGACCAAUCGUCGGACAAAUCGGAUGAUACACUAUUAUUACGUUUUAUACGCAAAUGAAUUAAAAUAAAACGAGUUCGAAUUCGAGGCGAAGUUGCUCACAAUGUUUUUGCAGCGACGUCCCGGUAUUUUUGUUACGUUUUCUGAUGAAGUUUUGCUUUUACCUUUAACCCGAUCACAGAAGAGGUACAUAAAUACGAUCUUGCAUACAAUGUA